AAAAAAUAGAGAUGUUUAACAAGUCUCGUGUGGGAACUAUCUCGUCUUUCAAAAGAAACGAUCUCUCACUGCCUCUUUCAUUUUAUCAACGGGCACGAAAUUAUGUUAACUACGAAUCUACGUGACAAGUUGUAUUAAACAAGACGAGUCUCGGGCUAAGGUAGCCACCGUUAGCGCUCACUUUUCGAUAUGGGGAGGUUUCUCCCCACCAUUUUCUCGCACUUUCAUUACUACCAAGAUAUUCAGCCGGCAAAGCAAUUUUUCUACCACUGCUAGCCUCGUCGUCCUAGGUGAUUCUUGGGCGUCGAAUAAGAAGGAACCACACGGAAGGGAAGUCACACUGUCAGGAGUUGGAAGCCUAGUCCCAGAUCGUUCAGGCAGUCGUGCCGCGGAGUUCAUACUCUCUCCUUCCGUCCACUCUCGCUACUUUCUCAAAAGUAUGAUAACUAGGACGGGAGGGCCUCGAAACGAAGGGCCCAUCGCCGGAUGAAUCGGAAAAUGCAACCAGAAAGAUUCACGUGACUCUGAGAGGAGUUGAAGAGAUCAAGAUCCGUCGUUGUCGGCAUAGACGAGGAAGGCUAGCUGGGCAUCUACUGUGAUUACGAAUAUUUUUUCUGUGAUAGUUUACGAUUUCUAAGAUUUCCAGCGUGCACGAAAAACUCCGACCGGAUAUUCAUCGAAACUACGUUAGCGAGAUGCGAGAUAGUUAGUUGAAGUUAAUCGACCUGUGGACGAUUCUAUUUCUCUAGUGAUUUGUGUAAAAGCAAUUGAGACAACGAUGAACCAAAAGUGGUAUCUCGUCGUUCUUUUCGCGAGCUUCGCGAUCUGCGGGGUGAUAGCUUCGACCGUUCCAGAGAAUUCAGUACGAGACUCUUUGGCGGACCAGCGAGUAAGAACUUUUACCGACGUCGAUAAGAUUCCGGAUAGAAAUUGGACCACGUUGUCGGAAGCGUUGGACCUCUUCGAUGUGCGUUACCUUGCCAACAAUUGGACAGAAGGGAAAUACCCUGUUCAGGAGCAGUGUGCCAAAGAUAUUACGAGGUAUAUCAAAGGAUUGAAGAAUCACGAAGAUUGGGCCGUAAAAGCGAACGAUGCUUCAGGCAGAUAUACCAACGGCUUCCUAUGGGGAAACUCCUACUAUGUCGGUUCAGCUACCCAGUGUGCCUACAUCAACGAAGACUAUGGAAGAAAAAUAGCGAAAAUCCAAGAGAAACCGAUGGAGGAGGCGAAAGAGUUUAACAGCGAGCCGCAAAAAAGGCACGGCGGCCUCACUGGAAAUAAUCUCUGGAGCGGGACAAGAUCGAAUAAGUCGCCUCACAAAUUGGGAUUUUAUAUGAUGACCAUUUCAGUGAAUACCACUUUAUUUCCUACGACAAGAAUGAUUUAUCUAGGAGUAUGUUUACCUUUCUCGUGCAACGCUUCCGACGUUUCUGUGAUAGCAAAACUCGCUGCCAGCGAACAAGCGAUGAAACAUUCGACGCUUCACAAGGUUCGAGAUCAGCAUGAUAUGUACGAUAUGUACGAGGACCCAGUCUUCUGGAUUCUAUCUGGUGUGACCGUUGCGGUUGUCUUGCUGAUGGCAAUUGGGACCGGAUAUGAUAUCUAUAUAACGAGAAAAUAUACUCGAGGAAGAAAAGUGAUUUACGAUUUGGAAAGACACGCGAAACUUGACCAGUUAACUGGCAGAAGUCAAAAGUCUCUCAAUACUGCUUUUCAAGGUAAGGUCUACCUUCCUGUUCCAGCGGCAGAAGCUAUCAUCAACGGACCUCAAUCUUUAGCAGUUAAUAACAACAACGAUCACGAAGGUAGUCUACGCUCAGACAGUCCGAAAGUACAUAAAUUCAGUGUCUUCGAGGAGUUGCUGCUUUCUUUCUCGGUUCGAGCUAAUGUAAAAAUUAUUUGCGACGAUAAAGUCGGUGGUGAUACGAUCAGUACCAUUCAUGGCCUCAGAGCGAUAUCUAUGGCCUGGGUUAUUCUCGGUCACACUUGCAUUAUCAUCUUCAAGUACUCGGAUAAUAUGGAAUAUCGAAAAAUUGUGGAAAGAAAAUUCCUCUUUCAAACCAUAACGAACGGAGCUUUCAGCGUCGAUACGUUUUUCUUCAUGGGAGGCUUACUCGUGAGUUUCCUCUACUUCAGGACAAACGCGAAAGGAGACUUGAAUAAACUUACGCAGGGCACACGGGGCAUCGUCGCAGGUGGCCUCAAGUUCAUCGGUCUUCUCAUGUACCGAUUUUGUAGACUCACAGCUCCCUACAUGUUCAUACUCGGAGUUAAUCAAAUCGCGAUGAAAUGGUUUCAUUCGAAUUCCGUGUUUGAACCACCGACCGCGGAUCAUUACAACUGUCCCAACUACUGGUGGAGGAAUUUACUCUAUAUCAAUACUUUAUUCCCGGUAGACCAAAUGUGCAUGAUUUGGAGCUGGUAUGUUGCGGAUGACACUCAAUUUUACAUUAUUGGCGCCGUGAUAUUAGUUUUAGCGACAAACCACUUUAAAAUUGCAACCUUUGCGAUGACUACUUUACUACUAAGCUCCUGGAUAACAACAGGAUACAUUGCUUUGAUAAAUAAUCACAUGCCAAGCUCGGACGACCCGUUGGCGCUUUUCGAUAAGAUCUACGAUAAACCAUGGACUAGAUUAGGUCCUUAUCUUAUAGGCAUGUCGGUAGGAUACUUCCUUUUCAAGACUGAUUGCAAAAUAAAAAUGUCCAAGACGACAAUUUGCAUAGGAUGGCUCCUUUCUUCGGCAUCUCUUUCAAGUUUAUUGUAUGGUCUGUACGAAACAGAACUUAGUCCUAUAAUGGCAGCUAGCUAUUCUUCGUUAAGUCACAGCGUAUGGGCGCUUGGUUUAUCGUGGAUCGUCGUUGCAUGUAGCACAGGUUACGGAGGAUACGUGAAUAGUAUUCUGUCAGCACCGAUUUUAUAUCCAGUUAGCAGAAUAACGUAUUGCGCUUACUUGGUACAUCCGCUUGUGAUUCGAAUGACGCCUAUGAACUUGGACUCACCACUUCAUUUAGGAAAAUAUACCAUGAUGAUCACUUUCUUCGGAGCACUGGUUUCAUCGUAUAUAUUAUCAUUUAUCAUAUCGGUAUCCUUCGAAGCUCCUAUUGUGAGCAUGUUAAAGAUACUUUCCCCCAAGAAACGGAAACGCAUACAAUGAUGCAAUGACGCGAUUAUUUGGCAUACUAUAUUUCAUAAAAUUAUUUGUCUUUAUUGUAUGUAAUUAAUGUAAAGAAGAAAUUAGGAAUCAGUGAGAAAAUGUAGACGCGUGCGUAUAAAAAUUAAGCACAAUUAUGCAUUAUUACACUAUUCUGCAUAGUAAUGUAAGUAUUUUGCGCAGUGUUAAGGUUACUAUGUAUUAUUACUUAUAAAAUAAAUUAUUUACCUUUGUA